CCACUUGAAUACUACUUGAUCUGGUGAGCGCACACUGGGGAAGCAGUACGUAGCUGGCCCAGGAAAGCCACGCAGCCCGUGCCGAUCGACGUGCAGCUAGCCCGGCCGCCAACGCGCGCGCGCGCGCUUAGUUUUGUCCCGCCACGGCAGAGAAGGAAACGGUCGAGGAAGAGGAAGAGGAACCAGUGGCAUGGCGGCGCAGGAGGAGGCGCAGGCGCUGCGGUGGCGCUACGGCGACGUGGACGACGGCAACUUCUCCGUGCGCGGCGGCCGCGGCGUGCCGCUGCUCGCGACGCUCUUCGCCGUCCUCGUCUUCUUCGUGGGCGUCUGCGUCUACCUCCGCUGGGUGUGCCGCCGGUACAACACCGACGCAACGCUUCCCAGCUCCUUCUCCUACCCCUCCUCGUCGCCGUCUUCCUCCGCUGCGGCGCCCGGUGCCCCCUCCGCGGUGGCUGGCCUCGACGCUGCCGCGAUAGCCGGCUUGCCCGUGACGCCGUACCGUCGUCCUCCGUCGGCGUCCCCUGGCCGCGAGGACGACGAGACGCAGUGCCCGAUAUGCCUCGGCGAGUUCGCGGAGGGCGAGAGGGUGAAGGCGCUGCCGCGGUGCGGGCACUGCUUCCACCCGGAAUGCGUGGACGCGUGGCUGUGCUCGCAUCCCAGCUGCCCGCUGUGCCGGGGCUCGCUUCUCGCCGACACCUCCACCAUCAAAACUGUGGACGCGAGCGAAGCUGUCUGAUCGACCCUGCGCGCGCGCUCGCGGCAGCAGGUUCGGAACUGCACCGCUCAGCGACACUGCGACUGACAUUGGAGCCCGGCCACCAAUUUUCAUUGCACCGAGUCACUGACCGAUGGCUGUUGCUGGAGUACGUGCCAGUGUUCAGGCAUGGUUGAUUGGUGGCGACCGAUCAUUUUUGCUGAGUGCUUUCUCUUUUCUUUGAACGGAUCAUUUUUGCUUAGUUAAUUUGCGUACCAGUGAGUUUUUACGGGCGUUUGAUAUUGCCCAAAUCAAUAAUAGAAACGAGCUGCAUCUUUCCCUGCCCCGUUUGCAUCA